AUGUCAUUAGAGGAACAAUUGAAAAUAUUAAAUCAAAAGAUUAAAAACAAUGAUCCUAUUGAAGAGAUUGAAAAUUUUUUAAAUAAUAGUAAUUACUCUUUUUAUAUUUUAAACUUCAGAGGAAUUUCAUAUGAGUAUGAAAAUUUCAAAAAGUUAAAAAUAGAUAAAACAGAACAUAUGUCUAUUGAUGAAACACAUUCACCGAUGUACUCUCUUUAUACGAAACACCGUAUUGAAGGAAAGAAUCUUUUGGAUGAUUUCAACAAUAUGACAUUAUCUGAGAAUUCAGUCGAUGCCAAAGCAAACACAAUUCGUGAAGAGAUCACAAACAAUGAAAGAUUGAAUAGUGGCUACUAUCACAUUGAAAAGGGUGCUGAAGAUAAACAUUAUUUCUCCAAGCUUCUUUACUUCCUUUCUCAAGAGUACUCCCGAGAUUACGAUGCUUUCGAUGAAACCAUGCAAAAAUUCCAAAACGAUCCAUCGAAGGGUGGUGUCGCCGCCGCUGGUAUUCCAAAUAUGAAUUUCUUUGUUUCAACUUCUAUGGAGCCUGACCACGCCAUCAAAUAUGCUCUAGGUUUGAAGAUUUACCAUUCACGAGAACGAACAAAUAAUCCAUUACCCACCAUCUCAUCUAUGUACUCACCGGCUACGCCAGUAGCAACUCCAGUAACUCUAGGUUCUUCAUCGAAAAAAACACCAAAAAAAGGCAAGAAUGAUGAAACACCAAAGCAACCAUCAUCAGCUCAGAAACUUUUGGAUUACAAAAAUUAUUUGAAAACUAAAGUUGAAAGUGGUAAAGGCGAGUAUCCUGUGGGAAAGCUCUACAUUAUUAAAUCAUCGAUCACCGACAUCCUCAAGGAGCGACCAAUUGUGCCUUGUAACCUCUUGAAGAAUGGAUUCAUUAAGCUAGUCACUCUUAUCGGUAGCGAGAGGGAAGUGUCAUUCAUAUCGCACAUUGGAAGUAACCGAGUGAUUCACCAAGAGGUAUUAACCUUCGACAGUUAUAAUCUUAAUGAUACGGAAGCAAGAGUUAAUACCAUAUUGAGAGAAACCACCAGAAAGAUCGAGGCGUUUCAUUACAAAUGGAAUUUAGGUUCCAAUAAAAGACAUGUAAGAAUUUAUCAAUCAUAUGAUGGUGGAUUCUGCUUGAACCCCGAAACAACUCCAAACCAUAGUUCAACAACUGAACAAAGCAGAUCUCUUUACCAUAUCGAUUCUACUUUUAGAAAUUUGAUGGGACUCAUCUAUGGUCACUAUUAUAGCAACAAUAACAACAAUAACUACAAUAACAACAGUAACAACAACAACAACAACAACGAUAUGGAAUCGAAACUACUUGAGCUUUUCCAGAAACAUUAUGGAUCCUUAGCAACACACUCAUCUACAACAGAUGAAAAAACCAUUACAACUACUAAAACAGAAAUCGCUCCACCUGUAGAGCCACCAGUAUCUACAGGAUCUAUAGUGGCAACAAGAAAAACCAACAUUGCCUCCUGUAGUAUUAGUAGUAGAAGAUACAAAUGCAAAAGUGGAUCCACAACUAAGCACAGAUAA